GGACCACUUUUCUCCAUCCUAGCGAUGAUGGCGACCCAACACCCAUGAUCAAGCAGAAAAAGAAGAGGAAGAAAGAAAGAAAGAAAGAAAGCUAGGCCCUUUUCAGCUCGAAAUGAGUUCGGAUUUCAAUUAAUUCGACUUCUGUUGUUAAUAUGACUGGAUCUUUCACUUUGUAUUGGCUCGGGUAUAAGGUGUAGGUGCCUCCAUCCAUCCGUCCAUCCAGCGCAGUGGAGGGGACGGGCCGAGCCGAUGGCUGCUGGGGGCGGUGGAGGAGGAUGCGGGGAGUCGGUGGAGCGGCUGAAGCGCGAGCUCGCGGAGGCGAACCGGGAGAAGGUCCGGGCGGCGGAGUGCGGGCUGGCGGUGCUGGAGGAGAACCAGAGCCUCAAACAGCAGUAUGCGGAGCUCGAGGCCGAGCAGGAGACCCUCAGACAGGAGCUGGAGCAGCUGCAGGAGGCCUUCAGCCAGGUGUACACCACCCAAAGGAAGGUGGCUGAAGAUGGGGAGAGCAACGAGGAGACGCUGCUCCAGGAGUCAGCCACUAAGGAAGCGUACUACAUGGGUCGCCUGUUGGAGCAGCAGGCCGAGCUGAAAAGCAGCAGAUCGCAGGCCUCCUGCACGCAGGCCGAGAACGAGAGACUCAGCACCAUCCUACUGGAGCUGAGAGAGAGUAAUGAGAUGUUGGAGUUGCAGAGAAGCCGGAUGAGAGAGGAGAUCAAGGAGUAUAAAUUCAGAGAGGCCAGAUUACUGCAAGACUACACCGAAUUGGAGGAGGAGAACAUCUCGCUUCAGAAACUGGUGUCCACGCUCAAGCAGAACCAGGUGGAGUAUGAAGGCUUGAAGCAUGAAAUCAAAGUACUGAAGGAGGAAACAGCCUUGCUUAACAGCCAAUUAGAAGACGCACUCCGCCUAAAGGACAUCUCUGAGAGCCAGUUGGAAGAAGCUUUGGAUUCUCUGAAAAGCGAGCGAGAACAGAAGUACGCUCUGCGCAAGGAAUUAGCACAUCAUCUAACCGUGUGUGACGGGGGUUUCAGCUCAGGCUGUGCCCAUCUGAUCGCCCUGACCUCAGCACCACCUAGUGGCAGUGCCACCCCGACAGCUGCCACGUCGCCCAGCAGCGAGGACGGUGGCAAGUGCAACGGCCAUCUGCUUCAGGGUGCGGCGGGUUCAGCCUUGAGCCGACUAAAUGGAGACUUCAGGCCAUCGGGUUUGAGAAAGACUGAAAUUUUGACCCCUGAUCUCUUUAGUGAGCUCAAUGGCCCUGAAAUCUUGAAACUAAGACAACAACUUCAGCAGGUGGAACUUGAAAAAGCGUCUUUGCUCAACAGCUUGCAAGAAUCAGAGGCUUUGCUCCGUCACACACAGGGGGCGCUGACAGAGCAGCACGAGAAGGCCAGGCGCUUGGGCGAGCGAUUCCGGAAACUCUGCCGCCAACACAGCAGUAAGGAAAACAAGGAGGAAGAGGAGGACGAAGAAGAGGAGACAACAUGCAUCCCUGGCAUCCAGGAAGGGCCGAGUCUGGAAUUGCUGCAAUGUAAAUACAGGGUGGCUGUGAUGGAGGUGGUAGGGCUGAAGGCGGAGCUUAAGGAGGUGAAGGAUAGAUAUAAUGAGAGCGUGGAGGCAAGAGCGCGGGCGGAAGAGCAGGGCAAGGAACAGCUGCGAGAGCUGGAGACACAAGUGGCACAGCUGGAGCGCAGAUGCAGGGAAAGCCGGGAGAAGGCGGUGAAUCUGGAACGUGAGCUGCGGGCAGCCAAUAACACAGGCUUGGAGACGCAGGGAAUCCUGGGAACCGCCCAAGAAGAGCUGGCGACAUUCAGCGAGGAGUUAGCGCAACUUUACCACCACGUCUGUCUGUGCAAUAAUGAGACACCCAACCGUGUUAUGCUGGACUAUUAUCGGCAGGGCCGGACCCCGAUGCGCAUUUCCACCCCUGGCCACAAGGGGCAGGACGAUCACCGUGUGCUGUUGACCCCGCGGCUCGCACGCCGUUUAGCAGCGAUUAACGCCACAACAUCCACCGAGUCUCGUAGCCUGUCGGACUCACCAUCCAAAGAACCUCUCAAUGCUGAGCAGAGCCCGGUCCGUACGCCACUGGGUUCACCUGUGGUUAGUGCCUCUUCCUCAUCUUCAUCAUCAUCCCCAGCACCAGAGUCGGUAACUGGGUCCGACCUCCGCCGGGAACCCACCAACAUCCACCACCUCAACGCCAUCAUCCGUGACCAGAUCAAGCACUUGCAGAAGGCAGUGGACCGCUCGCUCCAGCUGUCCCGCCAGAGAGCAGCUGCCAAUGAACUCGCCCCACUGAUGGACAAGGACAAGGAGGCCUGUUUGGAGGAGAUUCUCAAGCUCAAGUCCCUCCUGAGCACAAAGAGGGAGCAGAUUGCAACCUUGCGCAUUGUGCUCAAAGCCAACAAGCAGACGGCUGAGGUGGCUCUGGCCAACCUGAAGAGUAAAUACGAAAAUGAGAAGACGAUGGUGACGGAGACCAUGAUGAAGUUGAGGAAUGAGCUAAAGGCCUUGAAAGAGGAUGCGGCCACCUUCUCUUCCCUCAGAGCCAUGUUCGCCACACGGUGUGAUGAGUAUGUGUCUCAGCUGGACGAGAUGCAGAGACAACUUGCGGCAGCGGAGGACGAGAAAAAGACGCUGAACUCUCUCCUCCGCAUGGCCAUCCAGCAAAAACUUGCCCUCACGCAGAAGCUGGAAGACCUGGAGUUCGACCAAGAGCAGUCGCACCGGCCCCGUGUGGGAAAAAUGUCCCGGCUGCGGAGCAGUACGCCCAAAGUAAGUGGAUCUCCAGUCCCGCCCCUUCCCGACACCCCUUUGACAAUUACUGAGGUCCUUACGGCAGCAGCCGCCAUCACCUCGCCCACCACAACCACUUUUACAGCCACCCACCUGUCCGCCCCAAAUAGCCCGCCCUCCCUGGAGGCCCCUUCAUCUCCCGCAUCGUCCUCCUGGACGCCCCCAAACAUGCCGUACCGCCAUUGGACGAUGGGCGUUCAGGCAUAUGUCGUCGAACCGCACACUUACACCAACCUACCCACUCAUACCUCCAUCCUGGCCCGUCGCUAUGCAAGUCAGUCGCACUUUUCCCCAGGCUCCGCCCCUUCCUCGUCCUACCGCUCACCCCUAUUGGCCAGUCGCCGCUCCAUGUGGAGCUCGUCCCAAUCCCGCCCCCAUCCCAGCCACUUCCAGCAUUCUACGUCCCGCUACACACCCCCAUCGUCCACUUACAGCCCUUUGUAUCCCAGAAACUACGGCUCCCAGCAUCCCCGCUACUGACGGGUGCCACAUAGAGGAGGACACACACUGGUUUCUGUGUUUGGGGGAGUGAUUUAAUUUUUUAACUCAGGGAUUUAAUGGAGCACAAGUGGCCUGGCCUUCUUCAAAAGAGACCGUUGAUCAGUUCUCAGGACACUGUGUUCUCUGUCCCGAUCUGAGUGCACAUGGACUGUUCAAGUACACCAAUGAGGGACUUUAAAACAGAUUACGCUUUCGCUUUUGUUGUGGGUUGUUAGCGUUAGUGAAUGUGUGAUUGUCACUUGAUUUGAACACUGAGAGUAAAUGAAGUGGUUGAUUUAUAACAACGAGAUUUUAUAUGCAGUAUCAGUAUCUGAGAUGGCUAUGUUUGGAAUAGAAUACUAGUAUACCGCAUCUAGUGUAGUAUACAUUGCACACUGUCUACUGUUUUCAAAUAAUAUUGAAGAAAUUACUUUGCUGACAGUUUACUCACCCUCAGGCCAUCCAAGAUG